GCUUGAGAGCAAGAGGAGAACCAGCAGAGCUAGCUAGAGCUCGAUCAUGGCUGCCAGCAAGAAGCUUGCCACCGCCGCCGUCCUCGUCAGCUUGCUGGCGCUCCUCGUCGGGCCCUCGGCGGGCCUGCUGGACCUCUGCCCCGUCUUCGUAGGCUGGGGGGCCCUCCAGAGCUUAUUGAACUCCCUCAUAUGUGGGCUCCCGGGCGGCAAUUACACUCCUCCCACCGUCCCGAGUAAUCCGCUCGGUUUCGGCUACUACAACAACUCCAACAACAAUGCCUCCUACUGCCCCGACGCGGAAGCCGCCGUGACGGCCGCCGUGGAGAAGGCCAUCAAGCAGCAGGGCCGCGGCGUUGGCGCCGGCAUCAUCCGCCUCUUCUUCCACGACGCCUUCGUCCGGGGCUGCGAUGCCUCCGUCCUCCUCAACAACACGGUCGCCGCGGGGAACAACACGGAGAGGGAAGGCCCUCCCAACAAGGACAGCCUGCGCGGGUUCGACGUGAUCGACGCGGCCAAGGAGGCGACCAAGGCCGCCUGCGGCGGCCGCAACGUGGUGUCGUGCGCCGACAUCCUCGCCCUUGCUGCCCGCGACGCGUCCCACAUCCUCAGCAACGGCAGGAUCAAGUUCGCCAUGCCGACGGGGCGCUUCGACGGGCGCGAGUCCUUCGCCAGGGAGACCAUCCAGCUGCCCGGACCGGACUCCACCCUGGAGGACCUCGUGAGGAUGUUCAAAGUCCAGGGGCUCAACGAAACCGACGUGGUCACCCUCUCCGGCGCGCACAGCAUCGGCCGCGCCCGCUGCCUGUUCCUCACGAAGGACCGCCUGUCGGCCAUGAACUCCACGUACGCCGGUCAGCUGAAUGAGACCUGCAAGAUCAACGACACGGUGAACCAGGACCCCUUCAGCCCCGACCGCGACCCCAACAACCUGGACAACCAGUACUACAAGAACAUCGACAAGUUCGUGCUGUUCAAAUCGGACGCCGUGCUCCUGUCGUCGGAGACGACCAAGAAGCAGGUGGAGGCGAACGCCGCCAAUGCGACCAAGUUUGAGGCCGACUUCGCGGCGGCGAUGGUGAAGAUGGGCAACAUCGGGGUCAAGACCACCCACGUCCCCGGCGUCACCGAGAUCAGGGAGGUGUGCUGGAGGGUCAACAACGCUUAGUCCGGCACGUCCGCGGCAUGUGAUGGAGGAUAUGCGUGCAGAUUAUUUCCUCAUCGAGUACCAAUAAGACAAUAAUUGUUGUUCCUGUUGUUUUCUGCUACAAUUGUGUGUAUGUACUUUUGUUGUUGCAUAUAUGUAUUUAUUAUAAAUAUUUUAUUUUAAAAAAUGCAUUACACGACUUGUGUAGCGGU